AGGGAUAAUGACGUCUUUAUUUUGAUUCUUUGUGUUUCUCUGUAGACGUCCGACGACGGCCACAUUAUGUUCAUCAACACGAUCCACAACAACCACUCAGACGUCAUCACCAGGAACUACAUCAACAUCACCUUUGUGUGUCGCUACCCGGCGAGUUACAUGGUCCAGCAGCCGCACGGAGAGAACAUGAUCAGAGUGGACGUGAGGACCAUCACUCUGAACACGGAGAAUGGAAACUUCUCUGUGUCGAUGCUUCUGUUUAAAGACGAGGCGUUUGAGGAGCAGUGGACCACAGUGCCCUCUCUCAGUCUGGAGGAGAACAUCUACGUCAAAGUCUACAUGAUUCCCGCUCUCUUGAUGCUGAGGAUGGACAGGUGUUGGGCCACUCCCACCAGUGACCCCUACAGCAACGUCCAGUACAGCUUCAUCAGGGACAGCUGCCCGGUGCUGUCCGCUGACCAGACGCUGAGUGUGGUGAGGAACGGUCUUGGUCCAGAGGCUUUGUUCAGGAUCCAGAUGUUUAAGUUUGUGGGCAGCUCCUACACAAACGUCUUUCUCCACUGUAACGUCCAGAUCUGCCACAGCAGCGCCCCCCUGUGCCAACCCAACUGCUCCAGUGACGACGGACUGAUGCGUCUGAGGAGGGACAUCCCCCUGUCCCACACCGUGUCCUAUGGACCAAUCAGACGCCUCCUGGACGACGGCGCCGAAACGACCACAAACUCCAGCGCAGUGCCCCCGGUGGAGACGUUUGUCCUCGCAGGGCUGCUGGUCGUGCUGUUGUUGAUCACUGGAGUUUUUGGACGUUUGUGGCUCCGCUCCAGACGAUUUUACCCCACCUAUGACGCUCAGCUCACCCUCUCCAACAUCCACCGCCUCUCUGAAGAAGUGGCCUCGUGAAAACACAACAACAACACAACACUACAGCACACACCACCACCACAAGAACAAAACUACAACACACCACCACCACAAGAACGAAACAACAACACAACAACACACCACCACCACAAGAACGAAACUACAACACACCACCACCACAAGAACGAAACUACAACACACCACCACCACAAGAACGAAACUACAACACACCACCACCACAAGAACGAAACAACAACACACCACCACCACAAGAACGAAACAACAACACACCACCACCACAAGAACGAAACAACAACACCACCACAAGAACAAAACAACAACACACCACCACCACAAGAACGAAACUACAACACACCACCACCACAAGAACGAAACUACAACACACCACCACCACAAGAACGAAACUACAACACAC